AUGGCCACUACUGCAGCAAAAGAAGCCCUUACCUAUGCUCUUGAAGCAUUUCCAAAUGCAUCACCUACUUUCCUACGAGAAAUUUUAUUCAAUUACUCUCAAGAGGUAGUCUUAUCAAUUGGAUUAGGUAUUGCGAUGCUCUGGGAAUAUAUCUACGAUCGUCUAUUUGAACAUGAUCCAAAGACUAUCGCUAUUACAGCUUCUUAUAGAAAAAUACCUGAAAAUGCAUCCGCAGAAGAUCGUGCUCUGAUAAAUCAAAGUCCGACAAACGGUUACAGCGAAUCUGAUAAGACAGUAAUUGAUGAAAUUCUACGCAAUGCAAAAGACGAGCGGCCAAAAGAACAACUGAAGAUUUAUUCGAAGGUGGGUACUCUGGAAGAUGCAAGAACAGAGUUUGAAAAAUUAAAUGGCGAUGGCAACGGUGAAAAGAAAGCAAAAAAUGUCUGGGUGAAAAUAUUGACGAACGGAAAGACAGCCAUAGUACGGGAAGAAAGUACUGAUAAAAAUGCUCUGGCUACAUUCGAAGUUAAAAAACUUAUUGGAGACGUUAAAAUUCCGAUAAUCAAAGUUCGAUAUAUUAAGAUCUUGAAUGAUUGA